CCCAGCGCCUGGUCGAUACCGCCUACUCCGGAGCUGUCACGCUCGGAUUCUUAUGACUCCCGCAUGACGGCUGAGCCUAUCUCUCCCAUGACGCCCGUCUACGAGUUCUCGGCGCGGUACCAGCCCCUAGCGAAGGAUCCACGGUCCUAUCCCGACGAGCACCCCACCGACGCCCAGUUCUUCCAUCCGACCAACAAACGGAAGGCAAGCGCCCUGAACGAUGGCCCAUCCGUCAAAUAUGAGGACGAACGUACCGCCAUCCCCGCCUCUCCUUCCGGUAGCACCUUGGGUGCUGAAAAGCCGCCGCAGAAGCGCUUCCCGUGCCGCUUCCGUGACGAGCUCGGCUGCGACAAGACCUUCACCACGUCCGGGCACGCCUCACGGCACUCCAAAAUCCACACGGCCGAGAAGGGUGUUCCCUGCUCCUACCCGGGCUGCCCCAAGAAGUUCACGCGCUCCGACAACAUGAAGCAGCACCUCGAUACGCACUUCAAGGACAGGUCGCGC